GGCAAUACAACACAAUAUGUUCCGUUUACCGUGAACGGUGCUUGGAAAUGCCUGACGGGAAUUUUUUUUUUUUUUUAAUUAAAAAAAUGCGUACGCAACUUAUUAUUAAUAAUACCUAGUUCAUGUGGAUACAUGGGAUUAUUUCCGUGGCCGUAUACAUUAUUUAACCAUGUUUCAGUGGGAGCGCGAAUAAAUGAAAAAUGAGCCACAGCAGCUAAGCGGAAGUUGUGGAAGUCGAGUUUUGGGAGGACGAGCAGGAACCAGCAACUGUGCUUCAAUGACCUCUGAAAUCUUGCAAAAGUAGAUCACGUUGCUCGAGCUUCAGAUGAGACUUCCUAUGGGUUCCGUGGGCAUCCGCAGCUUGUUCUCCCUCAGACAGCCGAAGAACCACCAGAAAAGGGGCUUGCGCCUGGUGCAGUUCUAUCGUCGCGGCGAUGGAGGCGCCAUCCGAGUGGGAGUCGAGCAGGCUGCGGGCCUCGGCGUGGUGGACCUGAAGGCGUUUGAGCCCUCCGUGCCUUCCACGAUGAAAGGCCUUCUGGAGCUGGGAGAUGAGGGUCUGGCGUGCGCACGGAGGGCGUUGUCGUCUGGCCGCUGCGUGCUGGACCGCUCGGACGUGAGGCUGUCGUCUCCCAUUUUAGCCCCAGAGAAGGUCAUCUGCGUGGGUCUCAACUACCGCGACCACUGCCUGGAACAGAAGGCCGCAAUCCCGAAGGAGCCCGUCAUCUUCAGCAAGUUCUCCAACGCCAUCACGGGGCCGUACGAUGACAUCGUUCUGCCUUCCGAGAGCCGCUGCGCUUCCUGCGUAAAGGAGGUGGACUGGGAGGCGGAGCUGGCGUUUGUGAUCGGACGCAGAGGAAAGCACGUCAAGGAGGAGGACGCCCUCUCCUACGUGGCGGGCUUCACGGUGGCCAAUGACGUCAGCGCGCGCGACUGGCAAAUGAAACGCAACGGAAAGCAGUGGCUGCUGGGAAAGACGUUUGAAAGCUUUUGUCCCCUCGGCCCCGCGUUAGUGACCGCGGACGCCGUCACAGAUCCGCACAAGUUGGGAAUUCGCUGCCUCGUCAACGGAGAGGAAGUCCAGAGCGGCAAUACCGAUCAGAUGAUCUUCAAGACCGAGGAACUCAUCGCCUGGGUUUCAAAAUUUGUGACAUUAACUCCCGGAGACGUGUUCCUGACAGGCACCCCUCCCGGCGUGGGGGUGUUCCGGAAGCCGCCCGUCUUCCUCAAGAAAGGGGAUGUGGUGGAGUGUCAAAUAGACCAGCUGGGCUCCAUCAUCAACAAAGUGCUUUGAACUGCCACAAACGUUCACGUCAGCUGCUGCAAACUUCACC